CGUGUGAUUAGUGUUGAAGGACUCGUUCCAAGUGCAAAGCUGGAAUUCAGAAGACGUUGUGUUUUCGUGAACGUAGUGUUCUCACGAGAAGAGCCCAAAAUAAUCACAGCAAAGUCUUUUUAAUCUAAUUGUGUGCGAUUCAUAGACGUACGGAAGAAAUAUAAAGAAGUCAACGUUGUCAUGGGUUAUCUUAUAAUCACGUUUCGUAAUUUACUUUGGAUGUUGCUAUCGUUGACUGGCGUUUUAGCUAUAAUAGCGGCUGUCAUUUCUCCUAACUGGAACAUAGCUUAUGAUGGUUAUAAUACUAAGCAAGUGAACAACAGUAUUGGCAGAAAAAAUCCAACGAUAGGAUUGUAUUCUCGAUGCUCUCGUCAAACGCUUUCAAGAAAUGUCACACGUUGGUCAUGUCGAAGAUACAUCCAAAGUCUUGAUGAUUUACCAAGUGAUUUCUGGAAAGCAAGCCUUGUAUUUAUGGUAAUUGGAGCAACUAUCGCAUCUAUAUCUGUCAUUAUGGCAAUUACAGCCUUUUGUGUGCAAAAGAUUGGCAAGAAAUCUCUCAUUUCUGUAGUUGGUGUAAUUCAAGCUUUUGCUGGUUUGUUCCUCAUGGUAGGUGUUGUAUUGUGGCCAGCUGGUUGGGGCAAUGAAAAUGAAUUAUUUAAGAAAUACUGCUACAAGAUAGCUGAUGAUGAAAACAAACCAUAUGCAUUCAGGCUUGGUGAUUGUACCUUUGGUUGGGCUUUUUAUUCAGCUAUAGGAGGUACUUUAAUGAUAUUUGCCUGUGCAAUAUUUUCUGUAUACGCUGAGAGAUCAACAUCAAGUGAUAAAGUUCAAGAUGAAAUUUGGAAAGGAAAAAAAGUGAUUUGUCUGCCAUGAAUGGUUGUCAUAGUUCAUAGCUUCGUAAUGUUUGGUUUGUCCAUGUUUAGACAUUUGUAUUAAAAAUCUUAAAUACCCACAAAACAUUAGCUGAAUUAUCAAAGUUUGUGGAAGAUAUCAUUAUGAGAAAACAUUGAAAAUAAUUGUGCGUAACAGUAAGGAGAACUGUAAAGUAGAGAGCUUUAUAAUUGUGUGAAACGAAUUGUAAAUUUUCAUGCCUCAAAGUAUAAAUAAACCGCCGCGAUUGUCA